UAUAUAUAUAGUGCUACAAGGAUUGUUCUUAAACCAUCAACCAAAACUUAAAUAUUUCUCACAAUACAGCAAUAUUCCACCGCAAAAUCAGAAUCACAAUGAAGAACUUACUCAGUGGAACUGUGGUGGGUAUUCCCAUGAGUUCAGCAGUAUGCUCACUUGAAAGGCAGCCAAAAAGACUACUGGUUCUAUCUGCAAGUGAAGACCAUAUUAUUCCAUAUGCAACUUCAAAGAACUUUUCUAAAAUAAAGCAAAGAAAUUCUGUCAUUAGUAAGAUGAACAAAUUCGGAGAAAGGAUGGACUGUCUUGCACAAGGCAUCCGUGAGCAUGUGAGCCUAAGCCCGAAACUAACAGAAACUGUGAAGGGAAAAUUGAGCCUUGGGGCAAAGAUUCUUCAAGUAGGAGGGUUGGAGAGAAUAUUCAAGCAGAAGUUUAGUGUUAGAGAUGAUGAAAAGCUAUUGAAAGUUUCUCAAUGCUAUUUAUCAACGACAGCUGGUCCAAUGGCAGGCCUUUUCUUCAUCUCUACUGAUAAGAUUACUUUCUGCAGUGAGCGAUCAAUAAAGCUCUUAUCUCCAACUGGAAAGUUGCUUAAAAUCCGUUACAAGGUAUCAAUCCCAAUAAGUAAGAUAAAGGAAGCAAAAGAGAACGGAAAUAGGGAAAAGCCAUCACAGAAGUAUAUACAAGUAGUUACAAAGGAUGAUUUUGAGUUUUGGUUUAUGGGAUUCCUUAAUCAUCAAAAAACUCUAAGAUAUCUACAGCAGGCAAUUUCAAGCUCUUCCAGCAAGCUAAGAAGAUAGUUUUUUUCUCCCUUUCUUUUUUCAUUUUGUUUCCAAAUUCGCCCAUUCAUCAAUGUAAAAUGUUGAUGCAGAAACGAAUUUACAGAUUUGUUCAAACUUGUAACUAGCUCCAUUGCUCAAGGGAGGUCUUAGGUUUUGUAGGCUUUGAGCAUUGGGAGUUAAUACGGAUGUAUAGACUUAUUGUAAUACUAAUGCAAACGGAAGGAUAAUUCAUGUUUUUGGGACUUGGCCA